ACCUCGCAACCCUAGCCCCAAUCCACAUCCCCCACGCCCCUCACUCCUCGCUCCUCCUCCUUCCCUCGUCUGCCGCCUCACUCCCUUCCUCUCCUCCCUCGUCGCCCUAGGAGCCCCGCCGCCUACUGUUGCUCCUCCACCACCUCGCCUCUUUCUCCUCCUCGCCUUCCCAUCGCUCGCGCGUAGGUCGUCGCCGUCGGAGAACAGGGGAGUGCGGGUCUUCAAGUUGGGGUUGUCAUGAGGGCUUCCCAACCCGACGGCGCCUCCUCCUCGCAGCGUUGUCGCCCGCGCCCCUUCUUCUCCUUCCUCCUCCCUCCUCCCUCCCUCGUCACUACGUCCACCAGUCCCCUCCCUCCCUCAUCACUACGUCGACCAGUCCUCUCCCUCCCUUGUCCGUGGCCGCUGCUGCCGCAUGAAUCUCCCAAGUCAGGGAAAGGAAGAAGGCCUUGGCGAGUCUAAGCCUACGAAGGAAAGCAGCAGGGGUUGGUGGAGCGACUGAUGUGGAUGGGGUCGGCGGUUGAGGGAAGGUUGCCGACCAGAGAAGCAGGAGCAAGAAGCUCGAGAAGAUUGGAUACAAAUGGUUCAGCAAAGAGGGAGUGUGCAACCGCAACAGAGAUAGGGACAUGGAGCAAGAGUGUGUGGCUAGGCUGUGCAAAUUUUCUCCUUCGAGUCCCAUCAAAUAUGUUCAGUUUGGAGGGCCCGAUGGUGGUAGUUAUCAUGUUGUGUAUGUUCCAUGAUUUCUUCAAAUGGUUCAGAAAGCAAGUGUUUUCUGUUGAUGAGCUUGUAGUGGGAGGAACUAGGAAAGAAGCACAAACGACAAGCUGCCAAUAUAUCUGUAAGAAAUUUGCAUACAACAGAGGGGGUAUGGUAAUUGUUGUUAACAUAAAGUUGUCCGCCUUCAAGAUUUUUACUUUCUGAUUAUGAAAGUUGAAGCAUAGUUGUCAGCAGGGUUAUGGUAAUUGUUGUUUACUUGAUGAAUAUUAAUUAAUAAAUUUCAUAAAGAUGACUGUUGAGUGGUAAAAUUAUUGUUUUCCACAUUGAAGCCAAGGUCAACCUAUGUGUUUUUGCAUGUUCAUCCAUUCGAAUGCGGUCUUUUGUGCGGAUAUGUUGCAUGUUUUUUUUUUUAAUUGAAGUAGGCCAUGAUUCAUGAUGUUAGAUGUUUCGUUUUACUUCCUCUAUGUAUUGGCAUGUUGUUUAUUUGUUUGCUGAUGGUAUUGAUAAACCCGGGUUCAGCCGGGGCGUUGUGCUUUGUUCGUCCUCGUGUUUGUCGCCUGUUGUUUACCAUGGCUCCCCUUUGUUCCAUAUGGUCUAGGAACUGCAAGGUUGCUACUUAUCGUCGCCAAGUUUUUUACAGGCGUAGCUAAAUCCAAAGUUGUUUCCGUAUUCAGAAUAAUAGGAACAAAAUUUAGUGAAACACAAGCGUGCAGGCUGCCAAUUUAGUGCUCAGGUACAGCCACUCUUGAUUUGUAGUUCAUUGGUUAAUUUAGAAUCUAGAAAUGAAGUCCUCUUUGCUUAUGGAUUCUCCACUUUUUCCAAGGGAAUUGUUUUCUAAGUACAUAUGGAGACACUGAUGUUUGACUUACAAUGUUGUUUGACACAUUGCUCUGCUUCAAGCUCUCACUGAUGGAUUUGCAGUACGCCUGAACUUGGACUCUGUCCAAACCAACAGAGUUGUGAAUGAGCUCUGCUAGCUAUGCUAUAUAUAUUUGACCAUUUCUAGAUCGUCUUAGCUCAUGCCAUGAGCUUGGGUAACGUGUCACCGCAAUGCGUAAUGUCUAUUACUUCUGCCUUUUUCCUAUCUGUACAUUUGGAGAAAAACGGAUCGUGUUAUUUCUGCGUUUGACAAUUCCAUUUAGGUGUAAAAGCCUAGCUAUGUUUUGUUCCUUUUUGUUUUCUGUAUAGUUUGUGCACUGACCAAUGAUUUGUGAUGUCCAUGAAUACUAUUAAGGCAUUGUUGAACUUUGCCUUUUUCCUAUCUGUAUAUUUGGAGAAUAAGGCAUACAUGUAGUCAGAGUGUUGCUUCCCAGGUGAGCUGAGGUGAUAACUGAGCCCUCUUAUACUGUAGAGCAGGUUCAAUAUUUGCUUGUAUUUUCAUGUGCCAAAGGAUAGUUCUGUUCGUGUUGUUGUGGCUUGUGACAGUUGCCGAAAAAAGAGAAGACGAUGAGCAAGAUACGGCGGCCAACAUUGUGUUAAUUGCCUGCUUUAUGCAAAACUAAAACAAGUCAAACUAAAAUGCUUUGGUAUGUAUUGGCUAAAUUAGAGCGUAUGAGAUUGGCAUAUGAAGGAUAACACUACAAGUUGGCACACCUAGAAAUUGAUUAAUGCCUUUUCUUUUGUCUCUUUGCAUAGUGCCCAGGUAGUGUUCAUUAGUAGGUUCAAAGGAUGCUCAGAUUUUUAAUUCUCGGUUUAUUCUACCAUGGAUUCCUUCUGGUAUGUGCAUGUUUCAAAACUGAAUAUACACGUAGGAGAAACUUGAGAGCCAAUAUUAGUGCUUAAGGAUUACUCUCAGUGCCAUUCUAUGCUAUCAUGGUAAAAUAGGCCAAUACACAUUCAGGAAAUAUGUGACCAACUUUCCCAAGGUCCUGCAUCGUCUACUCAGUUUAAUUCUUAGUCUACAACCUCCAAAACCUGCAGUUUUAUUUUUAUAAAUGGUUAAGCGCCCAUUGCUCUAAGCGUCAGCCUGUCGCUUCGCUUAUGCUUAACGCUUUCCUCAACAUUGAUUUCUGUCAAACAAACUUUUUGUUUCUUAAGUUUUCAUGUUGAUUACUGAUUGUGGGAGUUGAAUUGUGCUCUAGUGGAAGUGUUAGAGUGUAGCAUUUUUGUAAGCAUAAUCUAUAUCCAUUCCUAUUGGGAACAUACACAUGUAGGUUUUUGUAAGCAGAAUACUGUAGGAGCAUACUAUUAGGACUUGCGUAGAUGGGCUAUUCUAGACAUUGGCAAGAGAAUGGUCUGCAUCCUAUAUAUGGUCUUAGUGCGUUCUAAAAAAGCACGUGUUAAAUAGCUGUCAGCACAACGAUUUCUAACUAAUAGAAUGUUACUCCCGUUGGUAUAUAUGAGGCAAUGUCUAAUAUUUUCUUAGAAUAAUGGUUUAAUUAAUUGGAUAAUUAUCACUUUCUCGAUGCGCCUACUUUCAGAGAUGUAAAAUCCAGGACUCUAUGUAAUGUGCCUUCAAUAUCUAUUCAAUAGUUGAAUAGCAACAUCAAAUCAUUCUCUUGAACUUAUUAUAUCAUGCUCUCUAACUCCUUGGCAUUUAAUUCGAGUUAAACAAAUCUUGUUCAUAGCGAAAAAUACAUUUUAUAGAAAGAUAGCCCUUUAUUCUGUUUAUUAUCUCUAGCUACUUCUACUGUAGUCCUUGCUUAACACUGAUGUUUGUCUUGUGACAGAUCCAGGAUAUUCUGUGGCCCAAGUUCCCUACAGAAUAAUGCCAAGUCUAAUUUCAACAGUGGGCAUGACAGCCUCAAACUUCUCUCUUCAAUAUUGAAGAAGCGGCUUACUCGGAUCAAUGGGCCUGCACUUAGAAAAUAGCUAGAGAGUACGAGAUAUUCCUAGAGUAAAUAAAGGGCAUGGUGUGCUGAUACGUUAGACAGAAGCAAAAUGUUACUUAUUACGCUCCUAUUGUUGUAUCCUUAGACAUUUUCUUCCCCCUACCAUACACCAGUAUUGAAUAUUGAAAGUGCGUUAUAUCGACUAGAGGGGGCGAAUAGGCGAUUUUAACAAA